CAUCUGCGCGGCUCGUGCGGCUGCACUUUGUCAGCCUCUUUCGCAGACCUGUUGAUCUUCUUGGUCCAGUUGAUCCUGCUGAUCUGCUCUGGAUCAGGACCGUGAACCAGUGCCUACCUAAUAUGACAGGGAGCGGCAGACGCGCCGUCCGCCCGGCGCAUAUACUGCGAUGCGCGAUGAUUUGCGGCAGCUUUCUGGGUCCAGCCAGCGCGGGUCUAUACGACGGCCGCUAUACCGGUGACCAGGUGAUCAGAAUGAUCCCCCGCAGCUCUGAGGAAGUGCAGUUUCUCAAGAGGCUUUUUGAAAACCUGAGGGCGGAUCUCUGGCAGCCCAACACUGCAUCGCUCAUUCACCAGGACGGCUCCGUGGAUGUGCACGUGGGUCGAGGUGCAGCGCAAGAGCUGAAGGGCCGCCUGCGGGGGGCGCACAUCGGCCACAGGGUUCUCAUCUCUAAUCUCCAGAUGGAAGUGGAGAACCAAUCAGGAUCACAGUCUUCGAGGGCACGCAGAUCGGAAUUCCAGCACAAUUAUGAGGUGUACCAUUCCCUGGAGGAGAUUCAGAACUGGAUGUUUGAGAUAAACAGGACCCACCCACAUUUGGUGCACAUGUUUUCCAUCGGAAGGUCAUUUGAGGGGAGGCCUCUCUAUGUUCUCCAGCUGGGGAAGAGGGCACAGGCUCACAAGAAAGCGGUGUGGAUCGACUGCGGUGUGCACGCUCGGGAGUGGAUCGGACCCGCCUUCUGCCAGUGGCUCGUCCGAGAAGCCCUGACUUCUUACCACAUGCGAAGGCUGCUGACCCAGCUGAGCUUCUACGUGAUGCCUGUCUUCAACGUGGACGGAUACGUCUUCAGCUGGACAACAGAUCGCUUUUGGAGGAAAACACGGUCAAAAAAUGGCAGGUUCAAGUGCCGGGGUGUGGACAUCAACCGGAACUGGAGAGUCAAGUGGUGUGAUGAGGGGGCUUCAUCACACCCAUGUGACGACACCUACUGCGGGCCCCACCCGGAGUCGGAGCCCGAGGUGAAGGCCGUCGCCAAGUUCCUGCGCAAGCAUAGGAAGCGGAUCAAGGCCUACAUCUCCAUCCAUGCAUAUGCGCAGAUGCUGCUCUACCCCUAUUCCUACAAAUACGCCACCAUCCCCAAUUUCAGCUGCGUGGAAGACACCGCUCACAGAGCCGUCCUGGCCCUAUACUCAGCCUACAGGGAGAAGUACAGAUACGGUCCUGCGUCUACCACCCUGUACGUGAGCUCGGGGAGCUCCAUGGACUGGGCCUACAGGAACGGGAUCCCCUACGCCUUCGCCUUUGAGCUACGGGACACGGGGCAUUACGGCUUCCUGUUGCCCGAGUCUCUCAUCAGGCCCACCUGCACCGAGACCACGCGUGCCGUCAACACUAUCGCUUCCAGACUCCUGCGGAAGUGCCCACAUUAAGAAGCGUCCCUACCUCGGGCGCCCGGCCUCAUCCCACACACCCCCCCCCCCAUCACCAGCGUCUUAGGCUCUGGUCAGGUCGGCGCCAACAGCCCUGCAAUCCCAGAACCCCGAAGGAUUCCAUGCAGCCGUGCCUCACCUUGAGCUCCGAGACGUCCUCAGUUACCCAGGGAGCAGGAAAGCAUCAUUCCUUUUUCUGGCCAAUGGGGAUGCUGUUUCCUGUGAGGAACGUCCAAAGAGAAGUGCCAUGUAAGAUGACAGCGGGAGGCGGGACUUAGAAAGGAUGCCUUUCGCGUUGCUGAUGCCCUGUACCCUGAGUUGCUAGGUGACGGAUAUAGCAACAAACCAAAGCACUUGACAUGUGGAUUAGCAAGCUCAGGUCUCACAUGCUAUUCCUCAAACGCGCUAAACGUUGUGGUACAUUUCCAUUCAGGUUGAUGUUCUAACACUAAACUAACCAAACACCAAAACUGGGGCUGAUUGGAUUCACUCGCCCCCAUCUGCUCCUGGGGGGACAUCCUGCCCUGUAUGCAGGCUCUCCUUUCAGGUCCGCUAUUGGCUUCCCAUGGUCUGAAAACCUGCUCUUUCAGGGAACUGGUGACAGUAAAUGGCUAGUAGUUGAACUCCACAGCGUACCUGACCCUGUGAAAGCAUAGAUUACACUUCCUAGUUAACGAUAAUAACGUUAAUAAUAGCUUAAUCACUAUAGUGGCCUAAGCUGAAAGCUAUAAUAUAGUGUGACAUAGAUGUGAGCUGAAGUGAUGAGACAGACUUCCUAAAUAAAUGCCCCGGAGACGUUAAUCUCAUACGUACGUUUCAUCCAGCAUGGGGGCAAAAUGUCCCUGGGCACAGGGACUGCCGGGCAGCUGCACUGGGAAGCUGCACUGGGAUGCUGCACUGGGAAGCCACACUGGGAUGCUGCGGCUCAGAGAAACAGCCAUCAACACACAAUCCUCAGGAUACCUCUCGUCCCGACAGUAACCUCUACUCUUCAGGUCGUACUGUUACAUUUUACAUGAGUAGGAUUUUAUAUUACAAUUAAAAUAAAAUACUUGCAGUAUUUAAUUAUAAAUAAAGGAUGAUUGUGUGUCUGUAUUGUUUUAUAAACAGCUGGUUAGUUGUAAAUGUCCAUUUUGGCUUUGAAUAUGUUUGAGCUCUGUAUGCUUAUUUCUUGUACCAGUUUGGAAUCUUUAUUAUUUUUUUACUCUUCGUUUUUGUACAAGCAGAGGACUAUUAAACGUACGAAUACGCU